UAGUUUGCAGAAAAUAACUUUCUUUCGCCGGGUAUAAAGCGAGAUUCGAUCUCAGCCACACCAUAACUCUUACAAUAUCAAAAGAACGGAGAGAAGGAAACAAAAUGACGUGGAAAGGUGGUAAACAUCGUACAGGCCGAACUAUUCGUUCGUCUUUCCCUCGACGAAAGGAAGGAAUUUUAGUCCUAAAAAAAGAACGCAAAUCAGAUCAUGAUGAAGCCGAAAAGGUUUUGUAUUCGCUGGGGAAGCACAAUCGCUGGAUGAUGCCAGAAAUGGUCAAAGAAUCUUCUGGUUUUCGAGGAGAUUUCGGCGACGAAGAUUUUGUUCUGGUUGACAGACGAACAAAAAAGAAGAUUGAUUUGUCAAUCUAUGAAAGUUCGUCUGGAAAUAUCUUGGGAUCAUAUAGCAAGCUCAGCAAUAUCGAACUUCAAGCCAGCGAAGCUGAUGUGGUGUUUGAAGUCAGUUCCCCAGACCAUAAAGGAGUAUGGCCUUUCGAGGGAAGACUGAAAUAUCAAGAUUCAAGUAGGAAGAAGAAGCACACUCCAAAACACAGGCAUACGUACAUGACAAAAGACUGGGAUGAGGAAGAUAGCUUUGUUUAUGAUGAGGAAUUUGAUGCUGAAUGUGAUAACAGCCUGAUGGAUCAUUCAUUGUAUCUCAGCGACUAUAUGCCAGAAAUUCCAUAUAAAAACAAGAAAUCACCCUCAAAUGCAAAACGUGUAAGAAAACGCACUUCAAACAAUAACAAAGAACCUUUAUUUCCUCAAAACAAAGUGAUUAUUGUCGAUGAUGAAGAGUCAACUAAAGAGCACAAAAGAAUACAUGCUCUUACAAGAAAAAGGGACAUAAUGCUGGAAAGAAUCCUCCUUGAUGUCCAUGACUGUAAGUGGUGCUGGGGCACUUGCUGGGAUAAUAAGAAUAGACGAAAAAGAAGACAAAAAUACAUGCGAAAGAAAUUGUCCCUUAUUGGUGAAGAAGUUGAUGACAAUGCUGAACAUCAAGAGCAACAGGAUUCCAAGGAGCUGUCUGCUUAUGAGUUUUGUGAAAUAAGAAUAGUUGAUAAUGAUGUUCAAGUCCAAGAGCUAACACGAGUUUGGGGAGAACACUACAACGAAGGAGGGAGCUUUCCAAGAAAGUUUGCAAUCGAUAUAUCUGAUUCAAAUUUAACGCCCUGUAAAACUAGUCCAGAAUCAAUACAUAUCCUAUUUGAGCUAAAAGACAAUAAGGACAUACCACCCAAUCAUAAGUGUGCUUCUAUCAAGCUUUUAAUUGAUACGGAACUGUCAGAGUAUAAGAUACCAAGAGAAACUUCACAGCUUAUCAUCAAAGACUUCAAACUUGCCAUGUCAACAAGUUCAGAUGUUUUAAGUGUUGAAGAUGUCGUGAACAGAGCCAGAAUUUGUAUUGAGAAACAUCUAAGCAUGAAGGAAACAAUAAGCUCAUCUAAAAAAUCCACUUCACUUGACCAAUUUGAAGGACAUUUUGGCUGGAAAGGAGAAGUUUACAUGGGAAAAGAAGCCAUUGCAGAAGUAAAGAAAGAUUUGGACAAUAAACCAGAAAGAAAUUGUGAUCUAUCAACUUCUUAUAACCAUGCCACUGCUGCUGAAUGUGGGAUCUGUCUUGAGAAUCUUAUAGAUCCUGUGGUGUUUACUACAAUGACAUCAUGUGGACAUUCAUUUUGCAAUAAAUGUUGGAAGACGUAUAUCGACACUAAGCUUAAAAAUGGCCAAGUAGACUUGCUGUGCCCAGAACAUUGUUGUAAAACUGUAGUUGAUCAUGUCACUGUCAUGGCUCUUGCACCUUCUUGGUAUGGAAAAUACAUUUCUUGGAAAGUCAAAAGAACCAUGGCAGCAAGUAGAUCAUGGAAGAAUUGUCCAUCAGAAAAGUGCAACUUGGUUAUGAAAGUGCUACCAAAGGACAAUUCCAAAGUGAUUCCUGUUGGCAUGCCUAUAUCUUGUGCCUGUAAAAACAUUUGGUGCUAUAGUUGCCAGGAACAAGCCCACUGGCCUUCACCAUGUUCUGAUGCUAACAAGUUUAGAGCUGCAAACACAGGAAGGGGAUCUUUUGGAGAUUUUCCAGAAAUUACCUCAGUGUCAGUCAAGAAAUGUCCAAAUUGCAGUUACCCCAUAGAGAAGAAUGAAGGCUGUAACUAUAUGUUUUGCAUUAUGUGCAACACAGCUUUCUGCUGGUAUUGCCUUGAGGCUUUUCUAGAUUAUGACUAUGAUCACCGCUGUUACACAGAUCGUAAAGAAAAAAAGCUUACCGCAGUUGAAUUGCCUUUAUUACUCAGUGAUACUCAGCGCUUUGCAUACAUUGCUGUAAGGAGCUUUUACAUUGUCAAAGCUGGAAUGUCAGUGCAAAAAGAGCAAAGACUGAAGUGUAUGGAAAAAGGCAUGGAAGCGUACUUGUCACUUCAAAGAAUAUCCAAGGCAUUUCAUACUUCCACCUUGGACACUAUGAUGAAGGUCAAUCUUACUGAUGUUGUGAGAAAAGCAUACACAUUUGAGCUCCAAGCCCACAUUGCUGUGGAAGGGAUGGCAAUUGGUAUUGUUUAUGGUGAUAAAACUUUCCUUGAACAGUGUAUGAUAUUGGCAUACAUCAUGGAGAAAGUAGCAGAGUUUUUGAACACUCCUUGCUCAUUGUAUAAAACCAAGAACAUUGCAAGAUUAAAUAAACUGAUAGGAAAUGGACAACAAUGUCUAAAGAGGGUGUUGAUAAAGAAACUAAAACACUAAAUACAAGAAACAUUCACAGGGACUAAUUAUACAUGUAUCUAACAUCAUGGAGAACUUAGAAAUAAGUAGUUGGUCAGCUUGAUCCAUGAAAAGAGAAUAAUUUAUAGUGGUAUUUAGGUCAUGAAUUCUUCCAGGAUAAAUUGUAUUACAUACAAGAAGAUAAAUUUUAUAAAGUUGGUUGGCCAUGGCUAACAUUCAUUAGAAUAUUUGUUUAAGACAAUUUCAUGAAUACAAAAAUACAAUUAACAUUGAAUAAUCUGUUCGUUGUUUUAGAGUGUCACAGUAAAAUUAUAAAUAAUAUGA